AUGGACGGCGACCAGCCCAGUCUGGAGCCCGCCGCGGCGGGCCCCAGCAUCCCCGGCCCGAGCGUGAUCGCGCCGCUGCGCGCCGUGGUCCGCCUGCGUCGCCGCGUCUGCCUCCUGCGCAAGCGGCGCCUCCUGCCGCCAGGCACCGGGCCGGCCUCCGGGGCUGGAGCGCCCAGACCUGGCUGCAGCUCCCGGGCGCCGCACGCUGACCUGGACCAGCCGCAGUUCUUCACCUUCGACUGCCCGGCGGAGCUGCAGUCCAGGACGCCGCGCAAGAGGCGCCGGCGCAGCCGUGUGGUGCUCUACCCCGAGACCUCGCGCAAGUGCCGGCCUCACGCGGAGCGCCGGAGCCGCGCGCAGCGCUGCCUGUUGCUGCUUGUGGCCAUUGUGGGCUUCCAGGUGCUCAACGCCAUCGAGAACCUGGACGAUAACGCGCAGCGCUACGACCUCGACGGGCUGGAGAAGGCGCUGCAGCGCGCCGUGUUCGGUCAGCCGGGUGCUGUGGGGCGCAUCGUGGCGCUGCUGCGGGACUACCUGGCCACGCACGUGCACAGCCGCCCGCUGCUCCUGGCGCUGCACGGGCCCAGCGGCGUGGGCAAGAGCCACGUGGGCCGCCUGCUGGCACGCCACUUCCGCGCUGUCCUCGAGGACGGCGCGCUGGUGCUGCAGUACCACGCGCGGCACCACUGCCCCGAGCCGCGUGCUGCGCAGGACUGCCGUGAGGAGCUGGCCGGGCUCGUGGCCGACGUGGUGGCGCGGGCCGAGGUGGAGGAGAAGACCCCGCUCGUGGUGCUGGAUGAGGCGGAGCUCCUGCCGCCGGCGCUGCUGGACGAGCUGCAUAGCUUCCUGCAGCCGCAGCGUGCCCACCACUUCCGCAACGCCAUUUAUGUGCUCCUCAGCAGUGCAGGCGGCUCGGAAAUUACGCGCUUCGUGCUGCAGAACGCAUCCCGCGCGCUGCCCCAGCGCUCCGACGGCGCCCACGGUGCCCACGGUGACCGGGAUGGGGUGGCAGCGGUGCAGGCCGAGGAGGAGCUGCGCGCGGGCCUGCGGGCGCUCCUGGUCCGCGAGCACCCGCUGUGGCAGGCGGCGGCCAUCGUGCCCUUCCUGCUGCUGGACAAGCGGGAUGUGGUCAACUGCUUCCGGGACGAGAUGGCCGGGGAGGGCUUCUUCCCAGAACCGGCCCGCGCUGAGCUCCUGGCGGCGCAGCUCAGUUACUACCGCAUCGCUGGCCGUGAGUUCGCCGUCACUGGCUGCAAGCAGGUGGUGGCCAGGGUGAAUCUCUUGUAG